UUAUUUCCGUUUUCCAUGUUCUUAAUCUGUUCCGUUGUGCCAGAAAGUUUUCCUCUCCUCCCAAAAGCAGGUUUACGACUAGCUCUGGCAAGACUUCUUUCAGAGCUCCGCUGUACCCCAGGGCAGUUUGCAUGUCGCAGUGGUACCAUCCAGUGCAUCCCUUUGAACUGGCAGUGUGAUGGAUGGCCCACCUGUGAGGAUGAGAGUGAUGAAGUCGACUGUCCAGGCUUGACAGGGGACCAACGAUCUUACCAUGGAAAAGAAAAUGUGGAUUCUAGACACAAUCGAGGAAGAGGAGGAGAGACAACCCGCUUUCAUACUGUCAAUGUGGCGCAGCCUGUCCGGUUUAGCAGUUUCCUAGGAAAGUGCCCAACAGGAUGGCAUCACUAUGAAGGCACAGCCAGUUGUUACAGGGUGUAUUUAAAUGGAGAGAAUUACUGGGAUGCUGUGCAGACAUGUCAGAGGGUGAAUGGAUCACUGGCCACUUUUACCACAGAUCAGGAGCUUAGGUUCAUCUUGGCACAGGAGUGGGACCUAGAAGAAAAAGCCUUUGGAAGGAAGGACCAACGUAGGUUCUGGGUUGGAUAUCAGUAUGUUAUAACUAAUCGAAAUAGUUCAUUAGAAGGCCACUGGGAGGUAGCAUAUAAAGGUUCCUCAGAAGUAUUCUUGCCCCCUGACCCUAUCUUUGGUACGGCCAUGUCUGAAAAUGAAAACGUUCUUUGUGCUCAGCUUCAGUGUUUCCACUUACCUACCUUACGGCACCAUGGUUUACACAGUUGGUAUGCUGAAAACUGCUAUGAGAAGUCUUCGUUCCUCUGCAAAAGGAGCCAGACCUGUGUUGAUAUCAAAGACAACAUUGUUGAUGAAGGCUACUAUUUCACUCCAAAAGGGGAUGACCCCUGCUUAAGCUGUACCUGUCACAAUGGGGAACCAGAGAUGUGUGUGGCAGCUCUGUGUGAACGGCCCCAAGGUUGUCAGCAAUAUCGCAAAGACCCAAAGGAGUGCUGCAAGUUUACAUGUUUAGACCCAGAUGGCAACAAUUUAUUUGACUCGAUGGCAAGUGGAAUGCGUCUGAUAGUAAGCUGCAUUUCUUCCUUCCUUAUCUUAUCUCUGCUGCUCUUCAUGGUCCAUCGGUUGCGCCAGAGGCGUAGAGAGCGCAUUGAGUCUUUGAUUGGAGUAAAUUUGCACCAUUUUAACUUGGGCCGCAGGAUGCCUGGUUUUGAUUAUGGUCCAGAUGGUUUCGGAACUGGCCUUACUCCGCUGCAUCUUUCAGAUGAUGGGGAAGGUGGGGCAUUUCAUUUCCAUGACCCCCCACCACCAUAUACAGCUUACAAAUAUCCUGACAUUCAGCAUCCUGAUGAUCCACCUCCUCCCUAUGAGGCUUCCAUCAAUCCAGACGGUAUCCUUUGUUCUACUCCAGAUGGUGUUCUCUCUCAGACAAUGCAGAGUGGUCCAUCACUAGGAAACAGUGAUAUAUCACCACAGCUCACAGAGGAAUCUCAUUCUCCCUUAGUUGGCCCUUCAUCAGUGGAGCUAGAAGACUCUGCAGAUAGUAGCACGUUUCUUGUACCUCCCGACAUGCCUCUCAACGAAAACCCAUCGACAGAAACUCUUACAGGAAGCUGCCGCAGUCACUGUUCUCUCAAUACCAUUGUAUAAAGGAAUAAAAUGCUUACUGCUGGCCAGAAAUAAUACAAGCAACUGUUUGCACACAGCUGUAUGGACAAACACUAAUCCAUGGGGCGAACUUCAGAAGGAUGCUCCACUUUGGUUUUGAACGCCCUGCUUUUAUGUUCUAGUAUAGGACUGUGCCUCUCGUUUUUGGGUGUCAUUCAUUCUCUACUUGAUUUGUCCUGUAAAUAUGGAUUGUGGAACAUAUACUUUUUUUCCACUGGUUAUGGAAAAGAAGGCACAGAGAAUUUUCUUUGAUUUCUUCUAAAGAGAGGAAAAAGCAUGGGUAGCUUUUCUGCCUUUUUUAAUCACAGAGAAGAAACAACAACAAAAAUCAAAAUCAGAAAAAAGCUUGUUGGAGUUUGAAUGCCGUGGGAUCCAGGAAAGUCACCGACAAGAGGAAAAAAGGGGCAGUUGCCAUGUGAUCGGUUGUGGUCUCCUGUGCUUCAGGGUUACUUACACUCAUGAAAAACAGAUGGCUGAACUUCUGGAGAUGUGAUGGCUGUGCUUUACAGAAGCAAGACCAAUGAGGAACUAAAACACAAGCCGAAGUGGUAUACAAUGUGAAAUGUAUGAUUGUCCCACUGCCUCCAAGCACUAGAAAGACUGAGGCCAAAAAGGACCUGCAUAACAUUUGAUUUCUUCUGCUUUUUCUGGAAAUUGGUACCAAGCAAAACAAACCUGAGAUUUGCAGUUACAACUUACUUAUUUAUCUAUAGCUGCAAAUCUUGUAUUGUGACAGUAAAUUUCUGAUUCAUAAACAAAGAGGUGUCCGUAUAAUACUGGCAUCUUUUUAGCAGAGGCACAGUACAU